CAAAAUGCCUUUAAAAUUAGACAUUAAACGUCGAUUGACAUCACGUUCAGAUCGUGUCAAGUGCGUUGACAUACAUCCAACCGAACCAUGGAUGUUGUGUGCUCUAUACAAUGGCCACGUACACAUCAUGAACUAUGAGAACCAACAAUUGGUCAAAGAUUUCGAGGUAUGUGAUGUUCCGGUGCGUUCGGGACGUUUUGUCGCCCGUAAAAAUUGGCUAAUUACCGGUUCCGAUGAUAUGCAAAUUCGAGUCUUUAAUUAUAACACCCUGGAGAAGGUGCAUUCGUUUGAGGCCCAUUCCGAUUAUAUACGAUGUAUUGCAGUGCAUCCGACACAGCCGUUGAUAUUGACCAGCAGUGAUGACAUGCUCAUUAAGCUAUGGAAUUGGGAGAAAAUGUGGGCCUGUCAACGUGUCUUCGAAGGCCAUACCCACUACGUUAUGCAAAUUGUUUUCAAUCCUAAGGACAAUAACACCUUUGCCUCCGCCUCACUGGAUCGUACCGUUAAGGUGUGGCAGCUCGGCUCGAAUUUUGCCAAUUUCACUCUGGAGGGUCAUGAGAAGGGUGUCAAUUGUGUUGAUUACUAUCAUGGUGGUGAUAAACCAUAUCUGAUUUCGGGUGCCGAUGAUCGUUUGGUAAAAAUCUGGGAUUAUCAAAAUAAAACAUGUGUCCAAACCCUAGAGGGUCAUGCUCAAAAUAUAUCUGCCGUCUGUUUCCAUCCUGAAUUACCGAUAGUAUUAACGGGCUCCGAGGAUGGUACUGUACGCAUCUGGCAUUCGGGUACUUAUCGUUUGGAGACCUGCCUCAAUUAUGGCUAUGAACGUGUCUGGACAAUUGCCUGCAUGCGUGGCACCAACAAUGUCGCCUUGGGCUAUGACGAAGGUUCCAUUAUUAUUAAGGUGGGUCGUGAGGAACCCGCCAUGUCCAUGGAUGUGAUUGGCAGUAAAAUCAUCUGGGCAAAACAUUCCGAAAUGCAACAGGUCAACCUGAAGGCCUUGGCUGAUGGCACAGAGAUCAAGGAUGGUGAACGUUUACCCGUUGCCGUCAAGGAUAUGGGGGCCUGUGAAAUUUAUCCCCAAACCAUUGCCCACAACCCGAAUGGACGGUUCGUUGUGGUCUGUGGUGAUGGUGAAUAUAUUAUUUACACUUCGAUGGCAUUGCGUAACAAGGCAUUCGGUUCGGCCCAAGAAUUUGUUUGGGCCUUGGAGAGUAAUGAAUAUGCCAUAAGGGAAAGUAGUGGCACCGUGCGCCUGUUCCGCAACUUUAAGGAACGUAAAAGUUUCACCCCUGAAUAUGGAGCGGAGAAUAUUUAUGGAGGUUAUUUAUUUGGGGUGAAAACCUCAUCGGGUUUGGCAUUUUAUGAUUGGGAAACAUUGACACUGGUCAGACGUAUUGAGGUCCAACCGCGCCAUGUAUUCUGGAAUGAGGCUGGCACAUUGGUGUGUUUGGCCACGGAGGAGUCAUUCUUUAUAUUGUCGGUGGAUACGGGAGCCAUUGUUAAUGCCCUCGAAACUAAACAGGAUUUGGAAGAUGAUGGUAUUGAAAGUGCAUUUGAUGUUUUGGGUGAAAUCAAUGAAAUUGUCAAAACUGGUCUCUGGGUGGGAGAUUGCUUUAUCUAUACGAAUUCCGUUAAUCGCAUUAACUACUAUGUGGGCGGUGAAAUUGUCACCGUAUCCCAUUUGGAUCGCACCAUGUAUCUGCUGGGCUAUGUGCCCAAAGAUAAUCGCCUCUAUUUGGGCGACAAGGAACUCAAUGUCAUUUCCUUCCAACUGCAAUUGUCCGUGCUGGAAUACCAGACUGCCGUCAUGCGCCGUGACUUCGAACGAGCCGAUUUGGUAUUGCCCACCAUACCAAAGGAACAUCGUACUCGCGUUGCCCACUUCUUGGAGAAGCAAGGCUUUAAAUCACAAGCCCUCACGGUAUCGACCGAUCCUGAUCAUAAAUUCGAUUUGGCCCUGCAAAUUGGGGAGUUGGACAUCGCUGUCAAAUUGGCCCGUGAGGCGGAGAAUCCCCAAAAAUGGUCACAGCUGGCCGAUGUGGCAUCGCGUAAAAAUAACAUGGCCCUGGUCAAGGAAUGCAUGCAAAAGGCCAAUGAUUUCAGUGGCCUUCUGUUGCUGGCCACCGCCUCGGGAGAUGCUGAAAUGUUGCGGGAAUUGGGAGAGAAUGGUUCACAACAGGGCCGUCACAACAUUGCAUUCCUAUCGGCAUUUUUACGUUCCGAUGUUGAACGUUGUCUGGAGAUAUUAAUUGAGACCAACCGCUUGCCUGAGGCGGCAUUCUUUGCCCGCACCUACAUUCCCAGUCAGAUGUCACGCAUCGUUGAGUUGUGGCGUGAGGAGUUGACAAAAUUCAAUGAAAAGGCUGGUCAGUCCUUGGCCGAUCCGGCAAAAUAUGAAAAUCUCUUCCCAGGUUUGGGUGAUGCCUUGCAGGUGGAGGAAUUCGUAAGGCAAAAGGAGCGACAACAAUUGCCGGCCCAUGCGGCGGCCUCUUUGCCGCUGAACAUUGAACGUAACCCCUUGGAGGAAAUGCAAUUGUCCCAGCAGAAGGGUAUCUACGAAAGCAAUGCCAAGGUCGGGGUGCAGGACUAUAAGAAAAGUGAUGAUUAUCCCAGCAAUGUGGCGUCGUCGGCGGUGGUGGGUAAAAUUGCGGCCACACCAACAGCAACAUCUGUGCCUCCUCCACUCACCACCACCACCAAUGAUGAAGAUGAUGAUUUGGAUUUGGAAAUAGAAGGCAUUACCCUGGACGAUAAUAUCGAUACAACAGAUGUUAAUUUAGAUGAUGAUUUUCUAAGUGAUGAUUAA